AUGCAGGCAAGUGAUAGGUUUAACAUCAAUUCUCAGCUUGAGCAUCUUCAAGCUAAGUAUGUUGGUACAGGACAUGCUGAUUUGAGCAGAUUUGAAUGGGCAGUGAACAUUCAGCGUGAUAGUUAUGCUUCGUACAUUGGUCACUACCCGAUGCUUUCUUACUUUGCCAUCGCUGAGAACGAAUCCAUUGGAAGAGAACGCUACAAUUUCAUGCAGAAAAUGCUUCUACCUUGUGGCCUUCCUCCAGAGAGAGAAGUUGACUAA